AUGGCCGUCCUCAGCACCACCUCUCCUACCAAGCCCACCAGCAAAGACAUCGUCAUGUCCGACUCUCAGACUGCGCCAGAGUCGGAGCCGUCAAAGUCCCAGACCACUUCGACCCUCGAGACUGUCUCCUCGUCCAACAGCGCGUCUGCAAGCUCGUCCCGUCAGACCACGCCAAUCACCCCAGACUUCCCCGACCUCGACUUCGAAACCAAAGAAGACGAAGCCACCCACAGCGACAACGAAGACACCACUCCCACCACGGCCGAAGCUUCCCCCAGAAGUCCACUCGCACGAUCGAUUCCCGAAUCUGCCGAGAAAGACAAGACGCCGCUCUGGACACCGGAGAUGCGUGCGGAGUUGGAUCGUACUUGGGUCGCUUCGCCAGCCAUGGCCAAAGUCAAGAAGGAUGUUGCGAAGGUUCUUGCUAGUCGCGUUCCUCAGUGGGGUCUGCGUUCUGCUGCGGAGAGACGCGGUGCUUGA